GGAGGAUAGGUUACUUGCCCGGUGGUGGCUACCGCCACUCAUGAUCAAGAAAUUGAUUUUCAGUUCGUAAAAUAUAAUGGUAAAAAUUUAAAAUCAUUCAACAUCCCUAAUGAAGAAAUAGAUGGAGAAUUUUUAAACCGUAACACAAAAUCCAUUAUUUACGUCAAGCCAUCAAGAGAUCUUACCGAUACUUCUGAUGAUUCGUCCUCAAUAUGUGAGCCAAAAUCCAAAAUUCUGAAGACAGAGUCUGCAUCAACACCGAUCUCUCCAAGUUCAUCCUCCCUGAAGACUUCAGCACAACCCAGUACCCACUCAGCUCCAUGUAAUGAAGCAAAUAUUGUUUCAGGAAACGUUUCCGAGCCAACCACGGAAAUAGCACACACCAAUUUAAUAACCAGCAGUGAUUCUGAUAGUUCUUCUUCCCUGGACUACUGGUUUAAGGAAAAACCCAAAGGAGGCCAACGAAAACUUCCACCUGAGAUUUCCUUCUUCCGGUCAUCUCCUGUCAAAGUUUCCUCCAAUUCUGAUUCAUCUCCUCAUCCGGUUUCCAGUCAAUGGGAAGAUAUUGCAUGUGCCUCAACCUCGACUGCUGCUGAUAAUAAUUUUAAACUCUCUCAUGGUAAACCUGGGACCUUUAUGUACACAGAUGAUUAUGGCCGAAAUCACAUGCUCAUUGAUGUUAAACCGGAAGAUAUUUCCCAAAAUCGAGAAAAUCGUCUCUCCGUGGCAGACGUUUUAGCUUCACUUCAACUGCAAAUGCACCUUAAAUCAACUAAGAGGCACAUUAGAGCGCGAAGGGACACUUUGUAUCCAGAUAUGUUACGUCUCCUCGAAGACCCUUCUUUUUCUGUUCUUGACCAGUUAAGUGCUCGAUUUGAAUGCGAAGCCGCUGUGGGCAAAGGUCCUUUAAAAGCCUUUCUCAACUCCCUUGUACUUGAAGUGAAGGAAGACACCAGAAUAUUCGAAGGAGCAUCAGAGAAAACUUUGACAUACUGUAAACAGAGUUUGAAAGAAGGCCUUUAUAAAAAAGCUGGACAGAUCUUGCAGUUGACUUUCUUGCAUGAAGGACCAAGACCUCAGUUUCUCUCUAAGGCUCUGUUUGAGCUCAUAUCCCAAGGAUCCUUGAAAAAUUUGGAAUUGAGGAGUAGCUUGGUUCCGGAUUUGAAUACGAGACACGCCAUUGAACAAAUGGAAAAUGCUGCAAAUCAUCAUGAAGUGAAUGCUGUCAUCCGUGAUAACGAGUCUUCCUACCUGUGUGCUGUAAAGAAGCACUUUCUUGAAGAGAAAGAGUUUUUCAAGAAAGAAGAAAUAUUGAAAGAUGUUUUGGAGUACCAUCUACAUGACAAAAUUAAAGACCCUCUCUCACAAUUUAAAGAUGGACUGAAUGAGGGAACUUCUCUUUUGAAGUAUGUUGAAGCCAAUCCUGCGGAAUUUUGGAACAUUUUUGGCUCAGUUGAUGAAGUCCUGACUGCCAAAAACUUCAUCGCAGCAUUUUCUUCCUAUCCUGUAACUGAGGAUGAAAAACGCGUUCUUGCUCAUUGGAAGCAAUUUGUCAAGGAUUGUGAAGGUGAAAGUGCUAAAGUUACCUUGACGGACAUAUUGGAAUUCGCAACUGGUAUUGAUAAUUUAUCAGCUCUCGGCCUAUCGUCAUUAAAUUUGAAAGUUCGAUUCAGUUCUGCCAGCCAACUGGCCACAAGCAGCGCCUGCAGUAACAGCGUGACACUGCCUCUGUCGUUAGCAAAGCAGGAUUACGAGUAUUUUUGUAUCAUAAUGGAGACCUCUAUCAGAGGCUCGAAAGGAUUUCUUGGCAGAAUUUGAAGCAUUUGAGAAGGAGCUUGCACCAGUUGCUGUAGAUGAUUUUUACUUUGAUGACGAUUAGGGGAAGUAUUCAAUUUAUAAUGACUUUGUUUUAAUAUUGUAUCUCCUACAGGUCAAUCCAUGCUAAAUCAAACCAAAAUUUGACCUGACUUCUUCAAAUUUGAUGAAAUUUGGUACACUCACUCUACUCAUUGAGCUGAUUCCAAAAAGUUGAUUUGUCAAUGUUUUUGUCUGUUCGUUGAACUUUUAUUGAGCUUUAAAGUUUGAGUAAAAUAACGGAGGUUAACCCCUUCAAUCAAUUGCCUGUAUUUUCAGAGCCGUUUAUUCGAUCUGAUCCGUUCUGGUGCCGAUUAAAAGCUCUUUAGACAGUUUUUCCACGUAUGCACACCGUAUUUUAAAUAAACUUCUACAUUUUUUUUUUUCAUGAAAAUUUUUGAAAUCUAAAAUUGAAGUAUCUUAAAAAGGGGUGCAUAGAAGCCUACGAUUUUUUUCCAGAGGUCGGUUAUACCUGUAUCUACACCCUUGCCAAAAAUCAAAGUGGAGACUUGGUGAAGUCAAAAGAUAUGACCGAAAAAGCUGAAUUUUUCACCGGUGCGCUAGCGCGACG